AGGCCACAGCUCGGUCUGCACCGGACAGAGAAAAAGAAAUCAUCAAGUUGAUGCAGAAAGCAAACUUCAACUCUGACCCCUACGUGCGUGACUUUGGGAUCAACAUCUCGACGGACAUGGCGGAGAUCGAAGGUCGCGUCCUUGACCCCCCGAUGCUGCAGUACGGAGGCAGGCUAAACAAUACUCGGGCGACAGUUGUACCUAACCAGGGCGUGUGGGACAUGCGAGGGAAACAGUUCCACACCGGGAUCGAGAUCCGGGUCUGGGCGAUGGCAUGCUUCGCCCCACAGAGGCAGUGCAGCGAGCAGGCUCUCAGAAAUUUCACGCAGUCGCUUCAGCGGAUCUCAAACGACGCAGGCAUGCCCAUCCUGGGCCAGCCGUGUUUCUGUACGCCACCGGAGCAGACCAGGUGGAGAAAAUGUUCCGCUACCUGAAAAACACCUUCCAGGGCCUGCAGCUGAUCCUGGUGGUCUUACCUGGCAAAACACCUGUCUACGCUGAGGUGAAGCGGGUGGGAGACACGUUGCUAGGCGUGGCCACGCAGUGCGUCCAGGUGAAGAACGUGAUCAAGACGUCUCCGCAGACGCUCUCCAACCUGUGCCUCAAGAUCAACGUCAAGCUGGGAGGCGUCAACAACAUCCUCGUGCUCUAG